GCGAGGGGGACGGCGACGGGGGAGGUCGAGGAGCCUUCUGCAGCAUGGAGCCCCAGGGUCCCGGCCCCGUCCGCCGCCCGCAGGAUGCCGCCUUUGAGUUGCGCAUCGGCAAGAAGCGAAACAAAUGAGGAGAACAUGUGUGCUGAGGCCGCUCCCGGCGGGGCGGCGCUGGUCGUCGAGCAGCAGCCGGCCUCCGAAGCGAGGCUGGCGGCCGAGUCGAAGAGCAGGCGAGCGGGCGUCAGACAAGGCGGCAGGCACGGCGGCGCCGCGCCGGCGCGGCAGCGCCAGGCCCGCCUGGUCUGCGGGCCGCCCCCGGGCUCCGACGCCGCGCGGCUGCCUGGCCUGGCCGGAGCCGCGCCGCCGGGGUGAGGAGACGCCACGGGCCGCCGGCCCGCCCCCGCGGCGCCGGCCCCCCCCCCGCGCGGGCGGCGUUCCGCCCCGCCCGGCC